AUGCCGGCGGCGGCAAGCGCAAGUGAUUUGACAUUCAACAGUGGCAGUGGUUACAGUGGCUACCUGGCAGCCCUUCUGUUGGCCGUGGUCUUACUAUCUAUGCUGGCAGCCUACAUGUGUUUGCUCCGCGCUGAGAUGCGUUCGGAGUUCGAAGAGUCCCGAGCCUGGCGUUUACGAUGGCAGGAGGAGUCGGUUCACUUUCCACUUCCACCCUUUCAGCUGGAACUGUCGGGGCCCAACGACCAGCCCAACGACCCAUCCGAGCGCGUGGGACAUGUGAGGUAUCUUGUGGAGGUUCUGAGCGACGGGCGCUUGAGGGGCCAAAGCUGGCGGCCACGCAAUGGAGACAUUGCGGAGAUGAAAGUCCAGGGAAAGUUGCGAAUGAGCAGUGUGGCCUGCGGCGAGCUACGCUGGCGCGAAGGCGGCGAUCGAGCGAGGGAGGUGCAGGGAACAUUGCUUCUGGACGCCGGACAGGUGCAGAUUGAGGCGACGUAUUAUCAACAGGAUGCCAAAACAGGACCUCUUCAGCUAAGAGGCACCAUCCGCGUCUCCCGGGUGGUGGCCCCGCCAUGCGACGUCCUCGACAGCGAAGACGGGAAGAGCACGGCGGUCUCGACGGUGGUCUCACCGGUGGUCUCACCGGUGGCGACGAUCCAUGGAGUGGAAUGUGAGAAGAGCACCAAGUGGCAACGCUGUGAAGAGAUCAACCAGCUUUUGGGCGAAGUUAGGUUCUUCCUUGGAGCGGACAUCGUGCUGAGCCUCGCCACAGCCUCCCGGGACGCCCUGCGCCUGCACGGCUCAUCGCUGUCGCCCACUGCAGCGCAGCGCUCUGAGGCGUUUCGCUUGAUCCAGGACUUCUCCCGCUUUGCGGAAGUGGCAUGCGGCUGCAAGGAUUCAGACAUUGGACCUGGUGAGGACGACAUUGAGGCCAGCUCCAAUCGCGCCCACCUGCGCCGCGCGGUCUUCCAUACGACGCAGGACCUGGUUGAGCAUCGCAUGAAGAACGAUUUGAGCCACAUCGAAACCAUCGCAAGGAUGCCAUGCCCUGUGCUGUUGCCGGACAAGACCAUGAUGAAGGUGAAGGUGCCCGAGUCUGCCCCCAAGCGAAUCGUCUUUGCAGGGAAGGUGCUGCGGAAACAUUUGUCGCUCACCGAGACCCAAACCUGCCGCGGCUGUUUGCGGCGCUCGCGCUGCAAGUUCUUUAAGGCGCCCGCAGAUCCCGAACUGGAAGCGGGAGUGCGCCACAUCGGUCGCUUGCUGCUGGGCAUGGCGCAAUACGCGCGAGGACACCUGCAGUUUCCGGAGGCGUAUCCCUGGUACUUCACGGCAGCCAUGCUGGCCAGCGCGCGUAGCUUGAUGAAGACCAUCGAGGAGCAUGUGGCGGAGACCAGUAGCAGUUUCUUCUAUUCGGACAUCGAGUUUGCGGACGAGGGCACCGCCAGGGAAAUCUAUCUGAAGGAAGCGCGGAGAAAGGAGGAAAGGCGCAUCGCAAAAGUGGAAGAAAGGUUUUUGUCCCUCCCGCAGUGGAUGCGGGAAACCUUGCAGCCAAUUCCAGGUCCUGGGAUGACGGCGCGGCAGCGCAGUUUGUUGGAGCAACACCCGGGCCUCGCUGCCACGGAGUCUGGGCCGAUGGAGCCCUUUGAAUCGAGCGAGGAGAAGGAUUGGAUCGAAGAAGGCGCGCGUCUGGGAGAGUUGCAGGGCGCGCCGCUCUUCGACCCCCUGCCGGAGGUGGCUCCUGGCAGAAAACUUGACCCGGUGUCGGACCGGCCACUGGUAGAGGUGGACGUUGGUGAGCGCGAGGUGGUCAAGAGAUUUCAUCACCACCCGCCGAAGACGGAGAGCUCAACGACUUCGCGGCAGCUCAACUCUGCAGGGGGCGCGACGCUGGGCAUCUACCAACUGAAGGAGGGGCAUCGCAUCGACCUCAACGAAAUCGAGGUGGAUCGUGACGAGCUGCAGCGCUGGGAAGAGAUCAAACCCGACGACCAUGCGGUUGAUGCCUUGGGUCAGCUGAAGGGCGGCUACACCAUCUCCCAGAUGAUGGCCGGACCCACUGGAUCGACUGGAUCCACAGCGGAUGCGCGGGAUGUUGUGUCCGUCUCGCCUCACUGUCUAGAAGGAGUUCAUCACUAUGCUACCGGCCUGAGCCCAAAGAUUGUGGAUCCGAAUUCCUUUGAAGAAAUUUGGACCACAGGCCAGCGCCGGAAGAAGAAGGACGAGUUGCCCUUCCUCCGCCGCCUGCCCUUCGACGCGCCGUCUCUGGAGACUUCCGGCGGCGCGCUGCCCGUGCUGCCCGCCACGCGCGGCGGCUCGGGGAAGGCGCGACGGGAGUUCGAGGAACCCGGCCUGGAAGAGGAGCCUGGCGAGGACCCCGUGGCGCCGGAGCCGCUGGACCUGGACUCGCUGGCGCUGGAGGACCAGCGCCUGGCUGAGGAGGCGUUGAAGCUGCAGCAGCGCACGGCGGUCGCCGUGCUGGAAGCGACCACGGGAGAAGGAGACGAAACUCGACCAGCGCAAGCCUUUCAGCAUCGAUCCAAAACUCGCGGAGUGGGCGUCUUCGAUCCACAGGUGGAUUUACGCAGGCUGAGCGACCCGGAGCGCCUCUCGCGCGUGGGGCACCUGGACGCUGAGACCAGCGGCGUCUACUUCCGCAGCGCGCGGCCGCUGCCGACGGAUGCGGAGUUCGCACAGAGCUUCCGGCGGCCCUUGCGGAGGGAGGCGGGCCAUGGGAUGCCCGGGGGCUGUUACCCAUAG